UAUCCGGUGAACAAGUUUAUAGAGCUGUUGGGUUUCGACGAUCGUGAUGCAGUGCUGCAGUUUUUAGAAUAUUAUGGCGUACGACGCAUCAAUGAUCCGGAUACUGAUGAAGAACUGAUGCUGAUAUCGAAAACGAAAUUGAUUGAACCAGUUGAGGAACCGCUGCGAAGAGUCCAUUCCUGGAUUGAGUCGAAACGCAACGGACAGACCCUUACAAAAAUUCUGAGUGGUGGGUCCGAUGUGGAUGUUGUAAUUUCGACUCCAACAAACUCGUUUGACAAGCGUGGCGCCUAUGUGUCAGAUGCAGUGCUGGAUAGCUAUAUUAGUGCUAGCGGAACAGAUUUUACCAUGGCAACAAACGAAAAUGAAGUUGUAUCUCAUGCAUUUACAUUAUUUAGCAAAGCAAAUCGUGCAGCGAAUGAAUCAAUUGAUACAUUGGCUGAAAAUUUAGCAGCAGAAAUUAUAAACGCUGAAGUUGGAAGGAUAUGUAAGCUAAUAUAUAGCAAGUCAUUGGCCCAUCCAUUAACCACGACGCUUUUCAACCAAAUUUUUGAAGACUGCUUAAAGUUAGUGCUUUUUUGA